AUGCGUUUGUGGUACUUUUUGCGUUUUGAUCAACCGUACAUUAAUGAAAUGGCCAUUGCUUGGGAAGAUGCUGCGGCCAAGUUUAUCACGGAAAAAUUUUCAAACAAUUUGUUAACUGAAAUUCACAUUCAGCAUUCACGGACAAUUGACCUAGGCCUGACACGUAAUGCGAAUCGAUUGAAGCCUUAUUUUAUCGUUACAGUUAUUGUAUUGAUCUUUUUCAGUACCUUCAAUUCGUUGAAAUGGAAAUUUUGCAGUGGUCAAGGAGUGAAUUUCGUUCGAAUUGAUUGGCUUCGAUCAAAACCAUUGCUUGCGCUUUGCGGUGUGCUUUCAUCAACAUUAGCAAUCAUAAGUGGUAUUGGUUUGUUACUGUGGUUUGGAAUGUUUUUCGCUGAAAUAACCCUUGUAGCUCCAUUCCUAGUUCUCUCUAUUGGAGUAGAUGAUAUGUUCAUUACGGUAGAAGCAUGGCAUGAUACUGAAAAAAUUUAUCCUGGAACUGAUUAUGCUACCCUAAAAGCUCGCAUGGUGAAUACGUUAUCCGAAUCAGCGGUUGCCAUAUUUAUCACAAGUUUUACGGAUAUCUUAUCAUUUGCCAUUGGUUGUUUUACGGAUAUUAUUGCUGUACGUGGAUUUUGUGCAAUGACUUCUGCAUCCAUGUUUUUUACAUUUCUCUAUCAGCUAGCAAUACGUGGUAUUGUUGGUAUGGAGCAGGGUUUAGACUAUGACAAAUUAUUGAUUGAAACGGAUCCGGUAGUUCAAACAAUAGCUAUUGAGCUUGAACUAUUUCAUGGUGGUGAUCAGAUUGAUAUAGCUAUCGUAAGAGCACCCGAUAUGACAAAACCGAUGAAUCGUGAACGCGUAGAGCAGAUGAUUCACGAUUUCGAGCAUAUGAUUUUCGGAAUUGGUCCUAAGGCAACACAAGUUUGGAUUCGAGAAUACCAGAAAUAUGCAAAUAUAACGGGUGCAUACCUGCAAAAUGAUCAUGAAUCAUGGGUUGAGGGAGUUUACCAAUGGUCACGACUUUUUGCAUUUUACAAAUUGUGGGCACAAGACUUUGUUUGGGAAAAUGAGAAUGAUCCACAAAAUUUAACAAUGAAAUCAUUUCGAUUUCGUAUCGGUUUAUCAGCACCAAAUAAUCCAAAUGAUUUGGUAAUGGAAUCUCGUGCUUUACGAGCAAUUGCUGCAAAAUAUUCGGAUAUGCAAAUUUAUACGUAUGAAUAUAGCCGAAUGAUUGCUGAUCAGUUAAACAUUAUUUUACCAAAUAUGCUAUUAAAUGAUAGUAUUGCGAUUGUUGUAUUGGUUAUUAUUGCACUAUCAUUUAUUCCCAAUCCAAUAUGUACAUUUUGGAUUUUUAUUGCUAUUAUAUCGAUGGAUAUUGGUGUAAUUGGUUUCCUAGCACUGUGGAAUGUUAAAUUAGAUCCGAUAUCAAUGAUAACUGUGAUAAUGGCAAUUGGCUUCUCCAUUGAAUAUUGCGCUCAUAUUACAUAUGGUUUUGUAAGUAAUCCAAACAAUAUUACACCGAAUGAACGUUGUAUUGAAACAAUGGAGAAGUUAGCUUGUCCAAUGAGCGGUAGAUUUCGACGUCGUCCGAAAGCGAUGUCAACUGUCCUUGAACCGCGAAAUGUCAUUUAUGCAUAUACUGGUAUUGGAAAUUUUGUUACGCCAUUCUUUAUUUUUUUUUCCAUCGGAACGAUCGUAUCAUUUGGCUUAACAAUGUUGCAUAUACCGAUGACCAAUAUGCUUAUUGAUUACGUGCAACGACGUGAAAGAGAAAAGGAAGAAGAGAAGGAGGCAAAAAUGAAAGAGAAAGAAAUGGAGGAAGAAGAAGAAAGAGAAAUGAAGGAAAAAAAAGAGAUGGGGAAAUAA